AUGACAGCGGCCGACGGGGAGGCUGGCGCGCCUGCGCGGCACAGCGGCUGGCUCUUUAGGGGCAGCGACGUCGUGGGCGGGGUCGUUUCGAGGAGGUUCGGAGUGCUGGAGAAUGGGCAGUUCGCGACGUAUAGGAAACAGGAGGACGGCAAGCCGUCGUCCGCGUGGGCCCUGCACCGGCGGUGCGAGGUCUCGCGCCUGGAGGAGCGGGAGCUGAUGAUACGGGACAAGGGAAAGAGCACGGUGUUCGCGCUUGUGGCCGGGAAGUACGAGAAAGUGGCAGGGUUCACAUUCACUGUUACGUGGCCCCAGAAUGCAGGAGGGAAGACUUCCAAGGUGAUACUGGGAUUUGUAGCCGAGACAGAUGCCGCUGGUUGGCAGUGCGCUUUUCUGCGGGCAGUGGAACAGCUUGCAGACGUGCAAGCAGGGCAAGGGCGGGAGCCAGAUCUGUCUCCAUCGCCUUCAGCAGACCUGAUGGUGUGUGCUCCCAAGUCGUCCUACAACAGCUCCAACCGAGAGCUGACUUUUGACGUCCCUGAGACAGAUCCCGCCAAUGAGGAAGCCGUGGGCACAAAUGGAACUGCAGAAACUGCCUCAUCCCAGCAGUGGAAACAGAUGCAGGUUGCCAGGUCUGCUUCUUCAUCAGGAUGCACAACUUCAUCCAGUGAAACAGGGCCAGAGACAUCAGGGAAUGGAACCACAGUUUCCAGUGGGGUGUGGUCCCCCUUGAAGCAUGUUAAUGGAGUUCCAGUGCAUCAUGAGGAAGACACGUCUGACGGUUCUGGAGGAGCUUUCAUGGUUUCUGCCAUCAUUCGGUGUCCACCGCAUGUCUGCUUCAAAGCCUUGAUGGAAACGAGUGACCAGGCAUCCAGUGUGACUGGAUUUGCGGAUAUGGAGCUGCUGGAGCAACUGGAUGAAAAUACACAGAUGUUGCAUGCUCGGCUAGAAGGAGGUGGGUGGCUGAACUGCCUGUUGGCCCCUAGAGACGUUGUUGUUCAGCGCACUUGGAGACAGGAGGAGGAAGAUGGCACAUAUGUAAUCCUGCUGCACAGUGUUCAGCGUCGGAUCGCUGUGGACCAGCAUGACCACAUGCCAUCCCUGUGGAGUUGGCUCAGAGCACCAGUUAGAGCACAGGUGUCUGCAGCAGGGUUCACAAUUGCACCCCUUAAGGAUUUUGGGCAAAAAGAGUCACCGGAGGCUCUGGUGACGAUGGUGCUCAAGAUGGACUUUGGUGGCAUUUGCAGUCAAAACAGCCUCCUGUGUCCUCUCUGUGAUCUUUUCGGCCUCCGAUAUGCCUGGAUUGAGUCCAUGCUCAUGACUGUUGUGAGGCUGCGGGACAGAGUGGAACAUGCACGGUUUGUGACUCUUCCAUUUUCAGCCAGCAGUGCCAUGCCCAAUAGGGCUGGGCCCAGGCGAACCACAACUGCAUUGAUCAGGGACUCACAAAGUGCAAAGCCUGGUGAUGCCACUGCAGCCAAACUACACGAUGGAUUGACAAACGAGGGCGACACAGCACAUGUGCAGUGCUUGUCAGGGACAAUGGACCCCAAAUAUUGGGCUCGUCCUGGUGCCGCAGGCUUCAGACUUCGGAGCGCAAACUACCUAAAGGACAAGAAGAAGGAGCUGGCAGAUGAACCUAUGUUUGAACUGGUAUCUGUCGACCUGGUGAAGAUAGCCAAGCCGACUCCGCACAUUGCAAGAUAUCUUCCAUCCAUUCAGUGCUCAUCUGCUGCAUUCAGCUAUGUUGUCCAAAUUAUGAUUCCUGGGCCUCCACAUCUGUCCAUGGUGAUGUCCUGGGGGGCGAACUCUGAAGCCAUCCAAGGUCUCAGUGGGGGCGAGCAAGGCAGCAAGAGUGUUUCCGACGCUCGCGACACUGAGUUAGAGACAGAACUAUCGCCGUUCGCCUCGUCACUCAUGAGGUUUGUGACUGGCACCGAUGAGUAUCGCAAUGGCGUGUUCAAGUUGAUUCCAAAGAUCGUGAAGGGCAGCUGGAUCGUCAGGCAGAGUGUUGGGAGCACACCUGUCUUGCUAGGGCGCAAGCUCAAGCAGUAUUACUUCAGUGGGCGAGGCGUGUCGACUAGGUAUAUCGAAGUAGACAUUGACGUUGGCUCCUCGUACACAGCGGCAUCUGUCGUUGGUUUAGUUUCAGGCGCGACGAAGAGUCUUGUCGUUGAUCUGGCAAUACUGUCAGAAGGAAAGAGGACGGACGAACUGCCAGAGGCCUUAAUAGGGACUGUCAGGUUUCAGAAUUUGGAUUUGGGUACAGCAGUUCCUUUGGACACUUCAAAAGAGUUCGUGCCCCCAGAACCAGAUCAAGGCGGGGCACAGGAACGAGCAUCAAGAACGCAGGAGAUUAGAGAUUCACGCUGUUCUUAG